AUGCAAAAUUUGUUGCAAGAAAUUUCUAAUGAAUUCGAAAAAGAUAUUUGCAUUGCAAUGCUGUACAAUGUUGCAGAUUCUAAAAUGGGAACCUACAUCCAUGAGUUGGCAGUUUUGGUGAAACAGUUGGAAUAUUUCUUGAUCGAGAAAGAUGUGAGCACCACUGUAUUGAGACCAAAUGAAUGGUAUUCUGAAGAUAUUGUUGAAGUGUACGACAUUAAGGACGAAGACUUUAUUGAAAUUGAUGUUGGAGACGAUGACAAAUUGUCAAACGAACUUGAUGAAGAGAUGUUGGACAAUGAAGAGUUGGAGGAUUAA